UUCGCAUUCUGCCGAUGCCAUUAAUUUUUCUGCGUCAGUGAUAUCGCCAUCAUACCCAAAGUCAAAAAUGGGCGACGUGCGGCGGACGGUAAAGCAGUCGAUGCCAGUAGACGUCAACAAGCCAUAUGAUCCUUCAACACUCAAAGAUAAGACGAUUCUUAUCACUGGUGGCGCCAAUGGCUUAGGCGCACAUAUGGUUCGCCAUUGGGCCGCUCACGGUGCAAAUAUCAUCAUUGGAGAUGUUGCGGACCAGGCUGGCGAAGAGCUUGUGGCUUCACUUCGGAUGGCAUACCCUCAGGCAGUUUUCGAGUUCCGGCACUGCGAUGUCACGAAUUGGGAGUCUCAAGUCAGCCUCUUCGAGACCGCCGUCCAAGUCAGUCCAUACGGCUCUGUAGACGUCGUGGUUCCCAACGCCGGAAUUAUUCUCCCCGGGGAGGCCACAAAAUUUGAGAAUCCAGAGUUUGUGAAUGGCAGAAUCCCGGAGCCUAAUACAGCAACACUGGAUGUAAACGUGAGAGGCGUCAUUUACACCUCUCAUCUUGCGCUAUACUACCUUCCACAAAAUAAGAGAUCUGAUAGAUGCCUUCUUUUCGUGGGCUCCGUGGCUUCUAUUAUUCCACUUCCCGGCCAGAGCCAAUAUAGCAUGAGCAAGCAUGCUGUUCUGGGUCUCUUCCGCUCGCUGCGCGGAACAGCCUUCCUGAAGGAUAUUCGCAUAAAUAUGAUCGCGCCCUACUACACUGCACAGACCAAAAUGCUACAGGCAACAACAGAAGCCCUUAUGCUUGCAGGAUCUGCUGGGCCAGGACAGGUUCCUGACGUCAUUGAUGCAGCAACACGACUGAUUGCUGAUGAAACAGUAGCUGGUCGCGCUCUCGUCAUCGGUCCACGGCUGAAGCCUUACGACAGCGAAAUUUUCGAUCAAGGCCGUGAUUUAGCGAACGGAGGAGAAGCUAUUGAAGGCCAAGCUAUUUGGGAAUGCUACGCGCACGAUUAUGACCAGGUAGAAACUUUCGUAAAGAGAUACCUAUGGCUGUUGAACGCUGCAGCAAAGGCCCGGGGAUUGUUGGCCUGGAUUCGUGAUAUCAUGGCCAUCUGGAAGCGAAGUUGAAUAAUACAUGGCUUUCGCACUGAAUGAAAAUACAAGCUAUAAACAUUGAGACUUAUGAUACGGAUCUUGGUAGCAAGCUACCAUGGGCGAGAUGAUGAAUUGAUGGCUAUGAACGAAUUAGGGUGGGAAAGAGAUGUGGACUUUAUACAGCAUAGUUCCAGCCAACAUUUGAAUCAGUUAACAAAACCACUGGUUGCUUCUACUCUCAAAGUGGCAUCGCCUACCUGCAUAAGGUGUGCAAUGAAUAAUAAUAGGGAGUUCUCAAACGAUAAACACACAGCUCUCAACUUCGUG